GGGAGAGAGGCACCUCUGAGAGCCAAUAGAAGCUGGAACGGGGCGGGGCCGUACAAGGCCCGGUGCUGAUGUUGAGAGGUUCGGAGGAGAUUGGUCAUGCUGACCCAGCGAGUCUUGAUAAGCAUGAAGCUCUUACCUCUGGUGGCGUUGGCUUGGUGUUUGGCCAUCCCCCCAGCCCAGGCCGGCAAGAGCUCUGAAGACAUCCGGUGCAAAUGUAUCUGCCCACCAUAUCGGAACAUCAGUGGACACAUUUAUAACCAAAAUGUAUCACAGAAAGACUGUAACUGCUUACAUGUGGUUGAGCCAAUGCCAGUUCCAGGCCAUGAUGUGGAAGCUUACUGCCUUCUGUGUGAGUGUAAAUAUGAGGAAAGAAGCACAACCACCAUCAAGGUCAUCAUCGUUAUCUACCUGUCUGUGGUGGGUGCCCUGCUGCUCUACAUGGCCUUCCUCAUGCUGGUAGAUCCUUUGAUCAGAAAGCCAGAUGCCUACACUCAGCCACUACACAAUGAGGAGGAGAAUGAGGAUGCCCGUUCGCUAGCAGCAGCCGCUGCGCCUCUGACAGGACCCAGAGCUAACACGGUGCUAGAGCGGGUAGAGGGCGCCCAGCAGCGAUGGAAGCUGCAGGUGCAAGAACAGAGGAAGACAGUGUUCGAUCGUCACAAGAUGCUCAGCUAGACGGGCCGGGUCACUUAGGCCAAGGAGAAGAGGAGACAAUGAGGGCUGGGACCAGGGGCCUCUUUUUCCCCCUCCCUCCAUCUCUUUUCUCUCUCGCGCCUUCCUGUUACAAGCCUGUGGCAUUGUCCUUCUUCCCUCCGUACCCUCCAACCUCUCUUCUCCCUCAGACAUGAUGUUCUAAGCCAGUGAUCCAGGGAGGGUGAGCCCCGUUCCUCAAUGCAUCUCAGGGCUUUGGAUUUGGGGGGAGGGAACAGACCCAAAGGGAACAGACAUUUCCUAAAGUCAUCAGGAUUGGGGAGGAAAUGUCUUCCUUCUUCCCAUGCCUUCCCCAGCUUAUCUCCAAAUCCUGGAGAGCUUCAAAACCCCUGGGAGGGUGAAGAAAGGGCAUAUGGAAUGUCUUAGCUCGAAAUGGAAGAAAUAGAAACCCUGCCCAGCAUGUCCUCACUCCUGUCUCCUCUUCUGUGCUGUAGAGUCAAUGAGACCAUUCCCCAAACUCCCACAGACACAGGCAUCCCACUCCACAAUUCUGUUCCAUCCUGGUCCAAAUCCCGAAGUCACUUCCAUUGGAACUGACUGUUCAGUCAACAUCCUGACGUUUUAGCUAAGACCCAAGGUUCUGUGGUCUCCUCUAGAUGUAGUCCAGUACUCCUGUCUAUUAUUUAUUUUACUACCAAAUGUCUCCAAUUUGAGGGGGACAAACCUCUCCCAUCCUAAAUGACUAAAAACAGACCAUCCCAACCACCUCCACUCCCAGCUGCUAAUUCAGAGGGAAACAGCUGGAUCCUCUGACAUCCCAGGAUGAGGAGCAGACUCACUCCUGAGCAUCAGAGCAUAAGUCCCCUGGUGUCCCCACCGUGUUCCCAAAGAUUAUUCCCAUUCUCAGUGCAUGGAGAGAAGUGUCUGUCCUUACCAUCACUUUGCAGUCCUGCCUGUAAGCCAAGGAAAUAAUGAUUAAAUCAUGUUUUAUCUCCCCCUCCAUCCCCAACCUCAAUCCCCAACCUUCAGGAUCUCAGGAGCCUUUAAGAACCAGGAGAUUGGCUGGGGGGGGGGCGGUAGGUAUUCUCCAUUGGUCUUAGUGGGGAAAUAGAUCUGGAGAAUGGAUCCGUCAUAGCUCUUGUGACUACAGGGGACAGCAGAACCCAGGUAACUUGUCUUUCAAAGCAAGCCCUGGGGCUGACAGACCUUUCAGAUGGAGCAGCUUCCUUGGGGGGAAGGGAGGCAGAAGGUGGGAAGAGUAGCCCAAUCAUGGAAAUACCAGGAUUCCAAAACUGUGGCUAUGCUAAUCACCACCAUGAGCUGCUGAUGAACUUCUAGCCCUUAAGACUUCCCCUCAUGCACUAUUUUUUUUGCUUCUCCUGUUUAGUCCUCAGAUCAACACACUGGGUGCUGUUCUGAUAGUGGGCAAACUGAGUGAAUGUCAAUGACAGUGAAUACCUGGGAAGAUCUUUGGUAUUGAAAACUAUCAGGAUCUAGGGGUUGGGAAAUGGAGGACAGCCAGAAAAGUGAGGAUUACCCAGGAGAAGCAAGUAGUUCCAGUUUCUGAGGCCUUCUGGAAGAAUCUGAAUACUGGAUCAGCCACUGAGCACAACAGAGUGAUAAUAGUGGAAAGGGAUAGAAAAGAAAGGAGGAAAAGCCAGCUAGGAAGAACAAAUCAGGCAGAAACAAAGAGUAAUUGACAUUUCUGCCCUAGGACUAUACAGGGAAAUGUCCUGAAGACCCCCAUACAAGGAACCCCACUGUAGACUAUGAGGGGACUUCUAAAAGAACAGAAAUUUCUGGGAUCCAGGCCCCAAAUUACAAACAGGUAGUUUGAAGGAUUACAAGUAAAUGUGGGACAUGGUGCAAGGACUAGAAAGGGAGGGAGAAGGGAUUGAGAGAUGAGACCCAGCUAGGAAGGGUCAGAGAAGGCUUCCUGGGAGAGGGAAAUUUAGAGUAGGGUCCCGAAGGACUAGAGAACAUGGUCUAAAGGAACCUUGGGGUGGGGUGGGGGUCUUUAAGCUAGAGGAAAUAGGCCUAGAGGAUUGGUACUGUGGAAAAGGAGGGAGAAAAUGUAAGAAGACUGGAAAGGUUAGGACCCGGUCAGGUUGUGAAGAAUUUAAAUGCCUAACAGCAUUCUCUAUGGGAUCUUGGCAGUGAUAAGGAUUCACUGGAGCAGCUAGGUGGCGCAGUGGAUAGAGCACUGGUCCUGGAGUCAGGAGGACCUGAGUUCAAAUCUGACCUCAGACACUUAACACUUACUAGCUGUGUGACCCUGAGCAAGUCACUUAAUCCCAAUUGCCUCACUUUAAAAAAAAAAAAGGAUAGGGAUUCAGUGGAGCUAAUUAAGCCAAUGAGGAGAGCUUGAUAUGGUCAGAGCUGGAUGGAGGAUGGAUUGGGGCAGGGAGGGGGCACAGGGAAACUUGAUUCAGGGAGACCAAUUAGGAGGCUACUGCAAUAGUCCAAGGGAAAGGUGGAAAAGAGGAGGAAGGGAACAAGCCUUUA